UAAUCCCUUUCUAAAUAGCCUCUGAGCCAGGAAAGAGUUCGGGAACUCUGUCUGUGGACAUUGGACCGUGGGAGCAGCACUGAGAAGUAUCCCACACCUCAAAAGCUGAGGAGAAGUCACACACAGAGAGAAGUUUGGAUUCUGAAAGGACACUGCUUCCAUCAGGAUGAAUUUUGCCGCACAGUUAUUUUACUCAAGCUACUUAAAUGAGCGACUGGAACGAUUGUUUUCACCAAAGCCUGCACUUAAAGACAGCGAGGAAAAAGACCCCUUCUGGCAGAGAGAGGAGCUGCGUCUGGGCCCAGCAGAACCAGCUAACUCUUACAAAGGAGGGCUGGUCAGUAAUGGCGCCGUGGGUCGCAGACCGACCCUUAUUGAACCAGAGAGGCUGAAGGACUUUGGUGAGGAGGAACUUGUCAACGGUGAUGUGAAGGUCCGUGACACCAGAGUUGCGGUAGAGGCACCUGUCAUCAUACUAAUGGACCCGCCUAAAACCCGAAGAGUCAGUGAGUUCAGAAUCGUACCCAGACCGACUGAACAGUACCUGCGGUUCGAGGACAUCAGCGCUGCCGCCUUCACUAUCCAGUCAGGGAUACAGAAGACACCCUGCUCGUACUCCCGGCUGUCCAAACAGUACGGUAUGGAAAUCUACCUAAAGAAGGAGCACCUGCACUACACAGGCUCAGUGAAGGAACGAGGAGCAUUGUACCUGCUCUCCUCUCUCACACAGGAGCAGCAGAGAAAAGGUGUGAUUGUUGCCACCGACUGUAACUUCUCCAUGGCUGUGGCACAUCAUGCAGUGGAGCUGAAGAUCCCCGUGUUUGCCAUCAUGCCCUCAUGUUGCUCCUCACCUCGUCUUCGGAUCUACAGAGACUACGGCGCCAUGGUCAUCUCCUACGGCAGCACCGGCCAUGAUUCACAGAACCACGCCCGCCAUUUGGCCGCAAACAAUGGAUACCUCUACCUUGAAGAAGAUGAAAGUGCGACCUACCUGGCAGGACUGGGCACAGUGGGGAUGGAGAUCUACGAGCAAGUAGCCAAACUUGAUGCAGUGUUGGUGCCUGCAGCUGGACGGUACGGCCUGCUGGCGGGCACGGCUGCAGCCAUCAAGCAUCUCAACACACACGUUCUUGUCAUAGGAAUAGAACCUGAAGGUUUCCCUUUGCUGCAUCAAUCUCUGAAGACAGACGGUCCCGUCAAAGACUUUCAUAGCAGCCCCAGUAGCAGACUGUACGGAGAUCUCAUGGAGCACUCGCUCGGCAUCAACACCUUCCAGCUGGCAAAGAGACUUGUGGAUAAAGUCAUCUCCGUCAGUGAAGAGGAUUCUCUGGUGGCAAUGCUGAGGUUUCAAGAGUUUGAGCGUUCUACUGUGGACACGGAGGGAGCCAUGGGACUGGCAGCCAUCUUGGCAGGACAGCUGCCAGAACUGAGAGGAAAAAGGGUUGCAGUGGUGGUGAGCAGUGCUAACAUGGAGCUGGAUCUGGUGAGGCAGUGUGUGGACCGAGCCCUGGUGCUGGACGACCGUGUCAGCAAGUUUUCAGUGCAGCUGGGAGAAUGGCCCGGAGACAUGGCGAAGCUGUUGGACGUCUUGUCCAGAGAGGACGUCAGGUUGUUGGACGUCAAUCAUCGGAGGCACAGUGACAAGUCAAACCUCUUCAAAGCAAAGGUGGAGUGUGUAGUGGAAACCAGAGACAAGACACAAAGCACUCAACUGAGGAAGACGUUGAGUGAACGCUACCCUUCUGUCUGCUGGCUGGAGCGAUGAUCAUGUGACCAUUGAUGAAACUAACCUACUGUAUAUUUUGAAUGGAAUGUCAUCAACAUGUGGACUCAACUUAGUCCCAUUCACACAACGGAUGUUCAAAAUUUGCAUUUAGAGUCACUAUUAUUCAUAUUGAUACUGAUUAUGCUGCUAUGAUUGUCUGCUGCUACAGUGAAGUAGUUCUACUGCACAGUGGGGGCAUGUGUAGGUACAGUAUGUGCAGCCACACCAUUAGGUACACUCUAAUAUGAGGGAGAUUUUCAGAAAGAUACAUUUUUGGUAUACACUGGACUAUAUAUAUUAUAGUUUGUUCAAUAUCAAUGUAUAUACCUAGUAGUGGGUCUAUAUCUUUAAUGUGGCGCCCUUGGUUACCUCAUACCAACCCAAUCACACUCAGGCUUCCCAGCAUGCUUUGUGUUGUGCUGAUUGAGAUAGCGUCUGGAGUUGAUUACCGUCUUUGCAGUUUCCUGCGUGACUCAAGAUCACAUAUCCUCACCGAAUGAGCGCUGAGCACAAAUCUAUUUGAGUCUUUUUUCCCCCUCAUCCUUGGGGCGCCCCCUAGAGAAUGCCAAGCUAGAACUGCCACUGUACAUGUGCAGUACCGUGCAAAGGUUUUGUUGUUGGAAUUCCCUUUUUCAAAGCAUUCGCUGUGACACUGCAAACAUUGAAUAGUAUAGGCAGUUACGAAAAAAACUAAUAAAUCCACUAGAAUUUGAAUAGAUGUAGUAAAUACAGUCAUAUUUGCUGUAUUGGAGUGUUCUCUAAGUUGAUUGUGGUCAAGUAUGUCGCCUUUGCACAGUCCUGUACAUUGUACACAUUGCUUUGCAUAUUUAUUUCGGAAUGGUUGUACUUAUGAUCGAGUAUCAUUUUUAAAGAGGUAGUUUCGCUCCCAAGUAGAAAUGUUUCCUGAAUAAAACUUACUUUUGGGAUUUUGUUAUCAGCUGGCUCAUUAUUAUGAAAUGUUUUCUGACUUGAGAAUUAUUAUUAUUAUUUGCAUUAGUCACCCCAGUAUACAGUGUACUGUACAUGUUUGCAUGGUAAAUAUUGCCACGUUUACCCGGUUUCUUUAUGUGUGAUGAUAGUCUGUUCUAAAGCAGGGGUAUCUCACUUUUUCAUUGAGGGCCACAUCACAACUGGGGCUGCCCUGAGAGGGCCAUAUGCAACAGUGGGUACCGUAUUUUUCGGAGUAUAAGUCACACCUGCCGAAAAUGCAUAAUAAAGAAGGAAAAAAACAUAUGUCGCACUGGAGUAUAAAUCGCAUUUUUUGGGGAAAUUUAUUUGAUAAAAGCCAACACCAAGAAUAGACAUUUGAAAGGCAAUUUAAAAUAAAUAAAGAAUAGUGAACAACAGGCUGAAUAAGUGUACGUUAUGAGGCAUAAAUAACCAACUGAGAACGUGCCUGGUAUGUUAACGUAACAUAUUAUGGUAAAAGUCAUUCAAAUAACUAUAACAUAUAGAACAUGCUAUACAUUUACCAAACAAUCUGUCACACCUAAUCGCUAAAUCCCAUGAAAUCUUAUAAGUCUAGUCUCUUACGUGAAUGAGCUAAAUAAUAUUAUUUGAUAUUUUACGGUAAUGUGUUAAUAAUUUCACACAUUAGUCGCUCCUGAGUAUAAGUCGCAACCCCC